GAAAAACUUAACUGGUUGUCUAGAUCCAUAUAUUUUUCCUUUUUCUUUUUCAUAUUUCGCACGGUGUACUAAGUGUAUUGCAGUCAGACUAAUCUGCAGCGAGUCGGGUCGGUCUAAUGCAUCAUUUUUGACAAAUAUUUCCUCCAUCCUAUACAAAAUAGUCCACAAGCCACAUUAAAAUUUGUGUGAAUUGUACUACUGUUUUACGGAUUUGUCCCCAGAUUACAACUCUAUAAAGCCCUUGUAUCCAGAUUGAGAAUUUCCUUCAGCGAAUGUCAUAUUUAAUAGGCUCUCUGCUUCGAUAGCGGAGGUACGAAUUAUAAAGUUUGAAUUAGAGUAGAAAAGACCCGUGUAUAAUCUAUCUUUUCAAGGUUCAGUUACAGGGCUAAAGCUGACUUGUCUCCAACCUGUUCGAUGAAUUGCCUCAAAGGAACACUUAAGAAGCGUCUGGCAGCGUUAUACUCCCUCCAGUCUUCAGCUGCUCUCUUGCACUCAUCACCAACUCAAAAUGUGCUCAAAAGCGGACACGUUUUAAAGUAUUCUCGCACAUUCUCCGACUCAGAUGUUGCGGAAUAUUCCAAGCUCAGCCUUGAUUCGAACCCUUUGCAUUUUGAUCCUGAUCGUGCCAAAUUGUCUGGUUUUGCUGACAGAUUAGUCCCGGGAAUGCUUGUCGCAACCCUUUUCCCCAGAAUCAUCGCGUCUCAUUUUCCUGGAGCCGUAUACGCAUCUCAGACGAUGCAGUUUAAGUUACCGGUUUAUGUUGGGGAAGAGAUCGUUGGUGUUGUCGGAGCUACGAGCAUUAAACAACUGAAGAACAAAUAUGUUGCAAAAUUUUCGACGAAAUGCUUUAAAAACGGGGAUACCCUGGUUAUUGAUGGCGAGGCCACAGCAGUUUUGCCUACUUUAGCUUUGGAGCAACCAUGAUCAAAUCAAAUUGCUCUCUCCCCCAAGCAGCCAAUUAUUUGUACUUUUUCAGGAACAAGUGUCCUUUUGACCUUUAGCAUUUUGUAUCUGUAACAAAUAGUCAGAGGCUCUGCUUUUACCCCUUAUAGAGCAUCCGCAUUCCAAGGGCCAAUUACUGCCCAGUUGUUAUUUUCCCCUUGCAUAGAGUGUAAACUAAUACACUGGUUGGCUUGUUAGCCGUAAAACGUCUGAAAAUUAUGGGCACGUUUUAAGGCAACCGAAUGGGUAAUGGGCAACAUUGGGCACUGCGGGCCAUGCUGUGCCAAAUGUUUUACCCCCAUGUUUGGUAACUGCUGUUGGAAAAAAAUAUUCCCUUCGUC